GUCGCGCUUCGAUAGAAAACAAACCCCUCUCUCUCUCUCUCUCUCUCUCACUCUGUUUCUCUUCAUAGAGGUCCUGGCCUGCUACUCCCUCCUUCGGCGGCUGCCGGAGCGACCGCCGUCGGCUUCAGUCCUGGCACGCUCUCUCUGUCUAUCCUUCUGUCCAUUUCGUCAGAUCCUAGCUUCCUCGUCACACUUUUUCGUGUGCAAUUUCUCUCUCUUUCAUGAGCGAUCUGUUUUUGGUGAUCUGAUUGGUACAGUGGUUCGUCUUAAUCUUGAGAUCCCCUCAAAUUUUUGACUUGUUGCUUCCGGAAAGAUAGAAACAGGGAUUUUCUGAAGAGCUGCUUAUGUCUAGCUGUGAUUCAACACUGUUUUGAGCAGUCCUUUAUGUAUUCCACUUUUCUCAAGAACUAUCUCUUUGGUAUGUUGGAAUGGAGUGAAAAAACGAUCUAUAUGCUUUUCCUCAUUAAGGUAGCCAUGCCUUAGUAACUUCCUUUUUGGAGGAUUCUUUGAACUUCACAUUUUGGUCAUGUUGACGGAAUGAGUUAAUAUUUGUAUGCAAAAGUAGCCUGUUAUAUUUGUGUUGAGUAUAUGUCAAGCCUUGUUGUUCAAUGAUUCUUAUGUCACUUGUGAUUCUCUUGAACUGAAGAAAUUGACAAACAUUGGGAGUUGAGAUUUACAUCUCUUGGAAGGAUUUCCUUUUCUUUGAUUUUGAGUGGCAAUCUUUGUUCUCACUGUUAUCAGUCGAGUGUGUGUGUCCUCUAUAAACUCAUUUAAGGAAGAAGAUGGAAGGGGAAGAAAUGCAUGGUAGCAGUGAGAAUAAUAUCGAAGAAGGUGGAGUGACAAGGAUAUUUGUGGGUGGUUUGGGAGGGGCUGUGACUGAAGAUGACAUUCGAAAGACCUUCUCCUCUCUGGGUAGGAUUAAAGAUGUUGACAUUCUUCGAACCAAAGGCCGCAGCUUUGCUUACAUGGAUUUCUACGCCUCUUCCCAAGCUGCUCUUGCUAAGCUCUUCAGCAUGUACAAUGGGUGUGUCUGGAAGGGGGGGAGACUGAAACUGGAGAAAGCUAAGGAACAUUAUCUUGUUCGCUUGAGACGGGAAUGGGCAGAAGAUGCAACUACAAGCAUUGCAGCCAGUAAUGAUAUUGAUGAAGAGAAGAACAUUAUCACAUCAGAAAGGCCCAAAAACGUUCAAAAAACUGAAAAGGACCUUAAGAUUUUCUUUCCAAAAUUAAAAAAGGUAAAAUCAUUGCCUUUUAAUGGUACUGGCAAGCACAAAUACAGUUUCCAGCGCAUCGAAGUUCCUGCACUCCCAAUCCAUUUCUGUGAUUGUGAAGAGCAUAAUGAUUCUUCUUUUGUUGCCAGCGGAAAACACGUACUUGAUUCUGAAGCACAAUGUGGUGGGAUGAAUGAAGAAGAAAUUGUUAUGAUGGAGUCGGUGAUGAACAAGCUCUUUGAGAGGGAAAGCAUUGCAAAGGAUGCAGCUGGUGGGAGUGGAUUGCCCACGGAAGUAGAUAAUUCUAUCAAAUCAAUCAAUGAUGCUCUAGUUGAUGAGAAUGGGGCAGAUGAAACUUUGGAUGAUAAUCUCAUCAUAAACAUAGUGACUGGGGGAAACAACGGACAGGCUUUAUUCAGAAGUCAGGAACAAGAAAUGAUAUCUGCAAACCAGGGAUUUACUGAACGGCAAACUUUUAAAGAUAAGAAAACUGAGAAGAUGAACAACAGUAGGGAAAGGAAGAUUGCACCCGCUAACAAGAAGAGGAAAUUGCAGUUGGAUGAACCAGAAUCAGUUGUCCAGCAAUCAAGCACCAAUCUUUCAAGCUCCCGAAAGUCCUCAUGGCGGGAACUCAUCAAUAGCGACAGUAAAUUCAGCAUCUCAAACUUGCUGCCCUCCGUCAUUCCUACAGUGGAAGAGCAGUGCAAAAUGGAAGAUUUAAAUGUGCCUACUGGUGCUCCUACAAAGGAGGAGGAAUGCAAAAUGGAUAAUUUAAAUGUGCUUGAUGCCGCUGACAGUAAAAAUGAGAGUGCUGUUACACACACAAGCUUGGAAGACCAGCCAACAGAGAUGGUGGAGCUGGCAGAAGCUGUGUCUACCAAACCAAAUGAACCUGUGAACAAAUCAGGUAGAGGGUCAUCGUGGAAACAGAAAUCCUCAUGGACACAACUGGUUAGUGAUGUUAACAGCAGUUCAUUCAACAUUGCACAAAUUUUACCAGGUAUCGACUUCGGAAAAGAAGCACUCCCAACACCCAGUGGCAUGGAAGUUGCAAACUCCACUGACGGGAAAAACAGUGAUCAUAAGCAGAAUAUAAGUCAAUCUGCUAGAGGGGAUUUUACAGCAUUGGCAUUAGUGGAAGAGGGACUCCUUGAGGCUCCUAUGUGCUCGAAAAUGGUUGAUUUAGAAGAAGAGGUGAAUAAAUCUGGCAUGCAUCCAGGGCAGUGUACUCUUGAAAAAACUGCACCUACUCUAACAGGCAAUGAUGCGGUUUCAGCCCCAUUAGUCGAGAAGAAACAUUAUCGUAAUGUCGAACAUGGUGAAUCUUGCAUUUUCAUGAGGAGUGCUGCGUCGAUGAAAGAGUGGGCGAGGACUAAAGCAGCUCUAAGUGGGUCACUUAAGAAGACAAAAGGCAAUGAGAAAUAGGUGCUGAAAUGGCAUGAGUUAUGUUUGUAGUAUAAGUCGGUCGCGCAUUAUUGGUUCGGGAUUGAUUCCUAAACUUAGAAACCAAUAAAUUUGUUUUUUCAGUGUUCUGUUUUGGUCAAAACCAAACUGAUAUUGAAGUUAAAAUGUCAGCCACCUGAUUACCGACCUGGCCAAUUAUCCUUCAUCUGGAGAGGGGAAUGUAAUUAGUGAGAAUUCUUUUUUGUAGCCCACUAUGGAGAUCAGGGGUUGCAGUGACAGUGGAGUAUGGGUAACAUUUUUAUUUUUCUGAAA